AUGAACAAGGUGGACAUUUAUCUGCGAAGAACUCCCGCAGCAAUGUUGCUGACGUGGAUCUUCGCAGCUUCUUUCUUUGCUGUUGUUGCUGGAGGUGCACUUUUUGGUCUUUUGGAUAACUCAAACGGAGGCAAAAAAUAUAAGAAGUUUAUAUGAUUCAGAUACAUCGGCCUACAUUUUCUGCCUAACUGCCGGAGGAUCAUGGGAGGCGCCGGUGAGUAAUUUUUCGCAUUUUUCGUUUGAAGCUUUCGUUUUUUUAGGCCAAGGGUCCGCCAAUCUGCAGGGGAUACAACGCCCGUUUCGAAUCUAAAACUAAGGUAUUAUUAGAAUAACGGCCAUUCAACUGGGAGAAUCAUUUGAGAAAGAAGCUGAAGACGCGUGUGCCUACAAGGUUCCUUUUGACGUCGUCGGGGUCAAAACUGGAUGGCCGACCCUCUGCGACUUCGGUAAAACUUCCAGAUUACUGGCCUUUUCUUAUAAUGGAGUUCGUAGGACUGUUGAAAAAUGGCGUUGAAAUCUUAUUUUUUUCCUUCAUAAAUGUAAUUUAGAACUCUCACUGCUAUAGUCUGUUCAGAUUUUGAAUGUCAAGUAGAAUGACGAAAACGCUUAGUGGAUGGCUCGCUCUAUGAUUGGUUUAUCGCGCCAUAAGGGGGCGGAGCUUCAGCGAGGAUUUGACAUUUGAAAUCUGAACAGACUAUAGAUGGGGAAAGAGACCACAGACUUGUAUUAUUUCUCUACUUGCUUCAAAUAAAUGAGAAACACUUCAAAUUUAUAAAUUAAUAAUUUGACCCUGGGAAAAAUAACAGAUAUCCAGUGUAGAGUUCAGAUACGCUACUAACUCCACCCUUGAACAGGCUAAAAUUUCUGUUUUCAAACACUUUGUUAUUUUCAAUAUUCUCUCCCAAAAGUCAUCUUUUUCUCGGCGUUGAACUUACAAAACGAAAGAAAAGUCACUGACUAUUUUACGCCUAUGGAAAAGCUCGAAAAAAAAAAUCUUUUGGAAAUCUUUUCGAAGGACUGGUCUUCAGAAGUGAGAGCGACGUGCCCCGAUGGAUAUAUCCAGUUGCAUCGCGAAUGCUUCCGAGCAACUUCCGUCUUGAUUUAUCAACAUCAAGCCCGCGCGGCUUGCAGGAACUUGACUGGAGUGGAUGGGACCUUGUUGAAAUUGACUUCCAGCAAACUCCAAUGGGAAAUUUAUGGUUUGCAAGGGAUGGAAAGAAGUAAUCCGAAGAUUUUCAGCGGCUUUCACCAACCUGCACGGUCUUUGGUUGGACGUGGAUGGCAGAAGGAACAAGAAUGGAGAGUUGGAAUCGAGUUUGGACGUGCUGUACAAAUGGAAAAGGCCGCGAAACACGAUCAGCACCGGUUUGAAUUCAAAAAAAAAAGAAGUGUCCUUUUCUGUACUGCAAAAGACCCUCGCCAGUGUCGAAGACUUGAAGUUUCUUUGUUUCUCAACCUUUUGAACGUUGUUAGGUCUAAAGCAGAGCUGCUGACGGGUUGUCUCUUAGUUUGUGAAUAGGCUGGUCAGCAGCUCUUGGUUUGAGUGAUUACUCAAACAGAACUUCAAAUCGAGUCGGGGUCAUCGUCUUCGCAUUUAGGCGGCAGCAACGAAACGCACCAGCUGAUGGCCAUCACGCAGGCCGGCGUUUGGGAAGUCGGAGCGCACAGGAUUCUCUACGACGUGCCCAACUCGGUCAAGGCCAUGGCCAUCUGCAAGUUCAAACCGACCGCCCAGUAUGAGAAGUGAAUUCCUCGUGUCUUUUUCUGUGCAAGCGAAUUUGGCUUCAAACGUCUUCAAAAUUUUUGAGCCCAUUUUUGGAUUUAUAAUAUACAAGUCUAGUUAGAGCCUUUUAGUGAACCGAAACGUGGCUGCAGUACCAUAGCUGUUUGAAUUUUUCCACUAAAUUUUGAACACCACUUGAUUUGGCGAUUCAGGCUUUGAAGAAACUAGCGACGUCCUCAGAUCCAUCGGCAUCAGCAGCAAUGUUUACGACAAGAUGAUGCUCCUUUCGUUCUCGAACAUGUACAGGUGAUUCCGUUUUUUUUUGUCUCCUUUAGUAUUGAACUCGAUUUUUCAAGAUACGAAAGGGAUCCACAAAACGAGAAUCAGAUCAACCCGGUGGAACUUCACGAAAAAUGCAAAGUUUAUCAUUAUUUACUUUGUUUCUUGAAGAAGUUUCACGUUUCAAUCAUUUGUAGCGGAAAUUGGAAACAUACACUUUUCCUAGACUUACACAUUCAUUCAGUCUUCUGAGAAGAUUAUCUGUUGAAUCAUGGAAUAAUUGAAGGGUUUUUGGUCGGUUCGAACAACCCUUAGGGGUCCCUAUAGGGGUUAGAGGUCUGACCCCUUAGUUCCUAAAGCUCAAGUGGAAUCCAUAGGGCUCUCUUAAUUUCAUUUAAAAAACACAUAUGGUUGCCCCGACCAUUCUGGAGUCAAUAAGAACAACUGCUCCUUCAUGUAAGAACAGUAAGGCUGCUUGUACAAAACUGGCAUACUUGAGACUUAUUGUUGCUGUCAAAAAAUGUUUCUUCCCGAAAUGUCAAACCUGUCAAAUUGAUUCUAGGCUUGAUUCUUGACUCAUCAUGACUUCAAAAUUAUUCAGAGCCUGUGCGAGUCUUUCGGCAUGCCUUGUUACGCGGUCGUUCCAACCGCAAACAACGCCAAAGAUUUGCUGGAUUUCAUGAGGAAAGAACGACAUCAAGUACGCCCUCACGCCGAUCCUCCGUUCCACUGUCCCGAGGUUGGUUUUCAGUGAUAAGUAGAGCUCACAGAUCAAGGGGCGUGCAAUCUAACAUAGAAAUGAAUAAAUAACAAUCCGCAAUGACAAAAAUGUGACAAGUUUCGUUGAUCAAUGACUUUCAGACAGUAGAACAUUUAAAUUUAAUUGUAGGUUCAUUUAAAAAAAAUUUACUUUGAUAGAAAUUUUUCUGGAAAACUGAUUAUAAGAACGAGGUGCAUUCGUGCUCUGGUGAAUGGUCUGAUGUACUCAGAAAAAAUAGUUUUCAUUUCUUUUGGGCUUUUUACGAACGUUAGUUUUCUUCAUCAAACUCGAUGCCUUGUUCAAUGUGAUUCCGCAAAAUGCAAAAUGAUCCCUGAUUCUCUAAAAUUUAGUGAUAUUUUCCUUUCUCUAACGGGUGUUUUGCAUUUUGCGGAGUCAAAUUGAACACGGCACGAGUUUUAACAAUAGCUCUAAAAGAUAAAAAAGGCUUUUUUUUAAUCUCUCGGUGAUAAUUCAGCGCUACUGGAGACUGCAAUCACAAUGGCGGCGGCGCCGCUCGCGGCCAGUUCGCCGGUGUCGACCCACUGUUGACGGUCUGUGUCGAGUUUUUCGGGUUCAAAAAAGAUUAAGUUUGAGCUAGGACUGAGAAAUCUUUUUUAGUCUUUGUAAGAAUCUUGAAAACCAAUUCUCAUUAAUGAACAUGGAUUUUCAACGUUUAAGGACCGGCGAAACUUUUGGGUGUCCUGAUGCCACUAGUAAAAAGUGGUUUGGUCGACGUAUGAUUGCUGUUCCUUCAAUUUUCGAAUGUCAAGCCGUCCAUCAAGCUCCGCCCCUAAUGGCGCGAUGAAUCAAUCAGAGAGCGAGCCAUCCACAGAGCGUUGUUGGGGGCGGAGUUUGCCUCUCGACAUUCAAAAUCUGGUUGAUUCAAAGGUGGCUUGAGCCAUCUGAAAAAGGGUUUCAACAUUAUUAUAAAAAGACAGAGCUCGGUCGGUGAAGAACGCAGAGAAGCCACUUACGCGAAUGUUGGUAUCAGAGCACUAUAGUGAUCACUUUAAUAGCGUCCGCACUCUUAAAAGAUCUCUUGAAUUGCUCAGAAAAGUCCGGAGUUUUGCGUUACCAAUGUACGAGUAGUGUCCCUUGCUAGCUGUGCAUUGACUAUAGAGCAAAGCACAACUUUUUGCACCGUUUUUUUAAAAUCCAGUCUUCUUCUUUAGGAUUUUUUAGCACUCAUGUUGUAUCUAAAAUUAACCAAGUCUCAAAAAAGUUGUUGCACUCGUCGGGUUCAUCUUUUUUGAAUGUCAUUGUAUUUCUUGACAAUAACUGACUUUGCUCUUCUCCUUUCAGAAAGUAUCCCUACCGGAUGGCCUUUGGAAAAACGGGCCUAAAGACGCUUGUUCGGCUACCCCGCGUGUCGGAGUUAUUUUCCAGGAGAAGUGAGUAGACACUUAUUUUAAGGAUUUCAAAAAAGUGCUGUUCGGAAUGGACAUCUCGGUGUAUAUUGCAAAAUAGUCGCUUUUCAUUGGUUUUCUGUUUGAAUUAACGUCCAGAUAAUGUGAAAAUGGGGGAUAAUAAACCAAAGAAAAAAGCAAAGUUAUUUCUUGGUCUUUGAAGCACUCAUUUCCAUCUUAGAAAUUCUCUUAUCACCCAUGGUUUUGGUUAAACUAAUAAAGCGCCUAUGGCGAAAAUUUCGAAAACGGCAAGAUGAAUUUUACCCGGGAUUGUUCCGAAAAUUGGCCAGAACGCUCCUUGAUGUGCCGGAAGAUGGUUCUGAAAGUUUCAACCUGCACAAUUUUCUCGUUUUCGAAGAAAGACGCUUCCAAGUCAAAGAAAACCCUCAAAAUGGACUAUUUCGGGACUCUAGGCCCCUAAUUCUCGUAAAGUAGAAAGUUGUGCAAGUUGAGACUUUCAAGGUCUUCAUCUCAUUCAUCAAAGAGUGUUCUCGCUUUUCUUGAAGAAGUUCACAACCCCAAAAUAAAAUGACCUUCCUUGUCAUUUCAAAAAUUUUCAAAAAGGCAAUCAACACAAUUUCUUCAAGCAUGCCAAACUUCUGAGUGGUCAGUCUGAGGAUGAUAUCAACGUUCUAAAAACCUCUGAUGGAGAGGCACUUACCUGCAACUUCGCUAAAGCUAACCUCUUAUCUACAAAAUUUCAUUCAUUUUUCACAAUCGAUGACGGAAAAACUCCGCCAUGUGUUUCUAAAACAUCUAACCGUUUAUCUGUCAUAGAUCUCCCAGCGCACAGAAUAGAAGCUUUUUCUUCGUAGAAUGCCCUCUAAAUGUAACACUACUCCGGAUGAAAUCCCUCCAUUUUUGCUCAAAAAAACUGUUCCACAUCUCUCGCCUAUCCUCUUUCUAUUAUUUUUUUAACGCCUCUCUCCGAUCUGGUCAAAUUCCAUCUGUUUGGAAAAAAGCCAUUAUCAAACCCUUACACAAAAAAAGAAGUAGAUCUGACCCUUCAAAUUACCGUCCAAUUAGUUUAACCAGUUCAGUUUGCAAAUGUCUUGAAAAAAUAGUUGUGCACGAUUUCAGCGUUUUUCUCAACUCUAACUCUUUGUUAAACUCUAACCAAUUUGGAUUCCGCCCUAAAUAUAACACGUCUAUUCAACUAAUUCAAUAUUGUGCAAAUCUUUUUGAAAAUGCAAACAGUAACCUUUGCACGGACGCUAUCUAUAUUGACUUUUUGCAAGGCUUUUUGAUACUGUCUCUCAUGCUAAACUUGUUUACAAGCUUCAAUUUUACGGCAUUUGUGGUCCUCUUCUUGGCUGGAUCGAAUCCUACUUGACUAAUCGUGUGCAGUGUGUUUCUCUUUCUGGAGUACUUUCCGACCCCGCUCCUGUACUCUCCGGCGUACCCCAGGGGUCGGUCAUCGGACCCCUUCUGUUUCUACUUUUUAUUAACGACAUUACGGAUAACUUUCGCUCUGCGCCCCUUCUCUAUGCUGACGAUUUAAAAAUUUUUUCUUCGCUCACAAAAACCUCUAGUUCUACUGUCAUCGAAGAAGACCUCAAAUUACUCGAAAACUGGUGUUCAACAUGGCAAAUGGCUAUAGCUCCAACUAAAUGCUAUUCUAUUCAUUUCGGAAAACGUAACCCAAAUAUUUCUUAUAAAAUUUCAAACAUGGCUUUACAGCCUAAACUUACAGUUCGAGAUCUUGGUGUAGUUUUCUCAAAUAACCUUAAGUUCAAUGAUCAUAUAUCUGAAAUCUGCAGACGGUGUAAAUGUCGCAUAAAUGUUAUGUUUAACGUGUUUCGAUCCACUGAGCUUUAAUAAUAAUAAUAGAUAGUUUAGUCACUGCCAUUAUUUAACAUUAAAAAAAAUAAUUGAAGAAUAGAUGAUCAAGUGAAGGAAUAGGCAGAGAAAUAACAAUACACGGGAAAGAGUCAACCCCAACGAGUUGACGGGUACCCGGAAAUAUGGCAAAUUCACAGGAGACGAGAGGGGAUAUUUUCAUGAAAGGCUUCAAACGGAAGAGCAUUCAACUUUUUACGCAGAGUUUCUGGGGUAACGUUAAAAUCUAAAUAAGAAGUUAGUUUAUUCCAAAGAGGAAUAGUUCUAGAAAAAAAGUCAUUAGAAAACUGACCAGUAGUCCGUAGUCGAAGUGGAUUCCUCUGUAAAAGGGAUAAAGAGAAGAAUUUAUUACGGUCGAGAAAAUGAUCAGAGCCACAGAUGAUUUUAUGCAAGGUGAUAAUGUCACAAAUUUCACGACGAAUGAAUGACGGUUUGAUGUUAAAUUGACUAAGGCGAUCUGAGUAGGAAGUGAAACUAACAUUACAACGAAUGAAAACUUUCCGACUAAAAAGACGCAGUGAAGAUUCAAGUUUGUGAGAUUCCUCAGAGGAAAUGGCGGGUGAGAAAAGCUCGGAGCAAUAUUCAAGAACUGGAUUAACGUAGGUUUAAAACAUACGGAAGUAGUUAAAAGGUGAAGAGAACUUGAAGGUAUUCAGUAUUUGAUUAGAACGUAAGGUGGCAAAAGCAGCAAUACGGCUGAUGUGUUGUUUAAAGGAAAGCUUGUCAUCGAUAAAUAAACCAAGGUCACGUACUAUGGAGCUUUGAGGAACUUCAAGGAGGUCAACAUAGUAAAGGGUGCGAGGAUUAUUUGGGCCAAAGUGAACAGAGAACGUUUUGUUUGAGGCGAGUGGGAGAGACCAAAUAUGAGACCAUUCAAGGAUACCGUUAAUGCUUGAUUGGAGAGAUCUGGGACAGGAGCUAUAGAUUUUUAAUAUCAUCCGCAAAAAAAUUGAGAUAGAGGUAGAGGAAUCAAUGUAAUUUUUCGAUAUCGUUGAUGAAAAAUGAGGAAGAGGAGAGGGCCGCUGACAGUGCCUUGGAGGACACCGAAAGGGUUGGGAAAGCAAUUGUUGGCAAAAGACUUGUUGACCUUAACAAUUGAACUUCUGUGAGAUAAAAAAUUAGAGAACCAACGGCUCAGAGUAUUAUCAAAACCAAAGUUUAGCAUUUUAAGACGUAGCAAAUUGUGAUCUACUCUAUCAAAAAGCUUUGCUGAAAUCAAAGUAAAUAACAUCGACAUUUAGAUUGGAGGCCAAGGACUUUUUUUAUGUCGGAUAUAGAAGAGAUGAGAGAGAGUUUGCAAGAUCUACGGUUUAAAAAAAUCCAUAUUGAAAUCGAGAGAAUUUAUGAGCGAAUCGAGUUUCUAACCAUAUGGGCGAUAAUACGUUCCAAUACACGUGAUAUAGGAUGAGUGAGAGAGAUCGGACGGAAAUUGGAAGGGUCAGACAAACUGCCUUUUUUUAUGUACAGGUAUGACCGUAGUGUGUUUUAGAGAAGAGGGAUAACACCAGUUAAAUAGGAUUCAUUAAAUAGGAGAGACAGGGGAAGGCUUAAAGAUCUAGCACAUCUUUUAAGAACAAGAAAGUUAAUAUUAUCAGUGGAAAAAUCCACAUUUCGGAGGUAGAGAGGCAAGAAAUUUAUAAACAACAUCAGGGGGAGAAAAAAAUAUACUACAGUUAAUAGGUUCAGGUGAGGGAAGAGCUGGGAAAGGUUGAGGGCUAGUGUUAGAGAAAUUGGAAUAGAACACAGAUGAGAAGACAUCGGCCUUUGAUUCAUCAUCAAUUAUAUAAUUAUCAUUGAAAAGCAGAUUGGGGAUCCCAGAAUCGAUCUUAAGCUGUCUUGAAAUAAAUUUGGAAAGUUUAGAGGAGUUGUAGAAUAGAGCAACUUUGGUAUGGAAUUUCCUUAAUAAAAAAGCAGUUCUUUUACGAAUAAGUUUUACAGUGAGAUUGAACUUUUGCCGGAGGUGAGUGGAAUGAAGACCGUUAUUGAUUAGAGAGGCUUUUUUUUGAAGUAAGCGACGAAUUAGACGGUCAGAUUUGAAAUUAAAAGAGGAACGGUGAGAAAGUGAGGUGAAAGGACAAUUGUCGCGAAUCAAUUCAUUAAAUAUACGAAGAAAAUGCUGAAAUUUAGAUUCAACUGUAGAAAAAAAACUGAAUUGACGAUCCCAGUUAAGCGAAGAAAGAGAAAGAUUGAUCGAAUCGAAGUUGCAUUUGGAAAAAUUCAAUCGACGAAUAGUGGUAGGAGACGAGGGAAUCAAAGGACAUUUAUAUUUGAAAAGGACCGUAUUAUGAUCAGAAUUGAGGAGAGGUUCAGAGACAUUAACGUCUAUGAUUGAAUUGGACGAGUUGGAUAGAAUAAGAUCGAGAAUGUUGGAAGAAUGAUCCGUUAUACGAGUGGGAGAGGGAACAAGCUGUGUUAAAUUAGAGCUAAGGCAAAAAUCUAGCAUUUUUUGAGAACAUAGAUUAGUACAAGAUAAGUUAAGCCAAUUGAUUCCUGGAUAAUUAAAGUCUCCAAGGAUCGUACAAUUCUGAGAGGUAACGAAACGAUAAAUUUCUAUCGAAAUCAAUGGGGAACCUCCUUUCAUUGUAUUUAAAAUGCUUUGAAGUGUAUAUUCGUCCUAUUAUUGAUUAUUGUUCUGUAGUCUAUGCUCCAAUUGACUCUCACAAUAUUUGUUUGAUUGAAGGUGUUCAGAAAAGUUUCCUUUUCCGAGCUUACCAACGUUGUGGCUUGCCCUACCACUCUUAUUUCACUUGUUUAUCUGAAAAUAGUCUCAAAACUCUUGAGACAAGACGCCUCAUCUUUGACAUGUCUCUUGUUUUUAAAAUUGUACUUAGAGAAGUCCCCAUUGAUUUCGAUAGUCUCUUCUUUUUCCCUCGUGUCCGUGCGCUGCGUCGCCAUCGCUAUUAUUUACGUUCAAAUAUAAGACAUAAUAGUAACAUCGUUGCCUCGUUUUUUAGUAUCAGAAUAAUUAAUGUUUGGAACUCCCUUCCCGAUGUUGUAUUUGAUCUAUGUAAUGAUUCUAUGCGACUCAAAAUCUAUUUAGAAAACAACCCCCAUCUUCUCGCUGACUUUCUUAAAAUAUCUUCUAACUUUUAAACGGUUUGUUGCUGUUUUCAAUGUUUAAAUUUCCCUUUUUGAAAAUUGGUUCUGUUAGAGGUCUUUUCGGCCCUUGAACUGUAUUAUUAUUCGUAUUGAAUAAAUGAUGAUGAUGAUGUCAAGAAGUAAGGCUUUGAGGUUCUUCUUUAGCGUAUUUUGGACUUUGCCCGUUUAAGAGGGGAUUAUUUAUUAGCCACCCUAGUACAAGGGCACGUACAAAGACCUUUUAGUGCAGUAGGAGGAUCUCUCAGAAAAACCGGAAAAGGGAACAAAAAUUAUUUCUGACCUCAAGGCGGUGUGUUUCAGGCAGGAACAGCUGUUCGAGACGAUUCCUGUCGUCGAAGCCCGUCUCAUCUGUGCUACCGGUGACUUUCCAACGAGCGAAAUCAUAAUGGAGUGACGUUUGCAGUCUCUGGCGAUUCGGUCGUCAAAUCGUGCAGCAAACGCGCGAUUUUCUUCGAUGGAAAGUGCAAAUGCAAGCCUGGCUAUACGGACGCCAACGAGAACUCUAACGGACCUCGUGUAAAAUCAGAUUGUUAUAGCAGGCUUUUGCGAGGGUCGACCCCGUCAGCCUCAACUCGGCUUGCCCGGCCUUGAUAGCUCUGGCGUUUCUGUGUAGCUUUGUUGCUGAUAGAACUUAGGAAUUCCAGAGUAGUCCCUAUAGGGGUUACGGGGAAAAACAGCCCCUAUAAAAACCGGAAAAGUGGUCCCCGAAAAGUGGGUCUGACGGGCGUCGGAUCAAGUCUCAGACGAGACCAGUAAUAAAGGCCGACCACUAGGGGUGGUAGAAAUGCCUCUAUUGAAGUUGGAGGACAACUUCGAUUGGAUAGUUAAUCAGAGAAAACAUAGGUCUUUUUUUCGCGAACCUAUCUGCAGAGGACAAGAAAGAGUGGAGAACUUCAUUUGAGUUUUCACCAUGAAACAGCAGAAAAGUUGAGAUGAAUCAACUUUUUUUCCAAAUAUUUUGACCUUUCCCUUUAAUAUUUUUUCACUUUUAUCCUGUUUUUUUUUACAGGGUAUCAAGUGCAUAUCCUGUCAGGUGCAGCACAAAAAGAUCAUUCUUGGCAUCAUGUUUGACUCUUCCGGAUCCAUUUCUUCUUAUGAUUACAAUAAAAAGGUAAUUUUCUGCCAAAUUUGGAAUGGGAACGAGUAUGUACAAUAGUUAUGAUAAUGAUUUACUGGCCAUUAAGAUAUUUUAGAAAGGUUUUCUUAGCAUAACUUCUCUGAAUGUGGUUGAAAAGUCUUGAAAUUUUGCAAACGCUUUUUAUAGCUUUGCAAAAACUUAUUUUCGCAUGCAAAACCCAUUUACUUGAGCUAGACUAGAAUAGUAAACAAAAAAUCGAAAAUCGCACAAAUUAAAAUGUUUCCAAGCUUUAAAACAUGAAAAGCAGUCUCAACAAACAAAGUCGACCGCGUAUAGUCCAUUCGAAUGAAAGGGCCUCAAAACGCAAUAGCCUUUCGAAGAAAAGACUACUGCGCUCUUACGAUCGGUUUAGUCGGGAGCUGAUUAACUUUUUUUGAAAGCCGAAGACUCGUUUUACAAUGGUAAAACGUUGGAGGCUGAAAUUUAGAGUAGCUUGAGAAAUUUGAUUCUCGGUUUUUGCUCCCAGUUCUAGUCUAGCUUAAGCAAAUAAGUAUUGUUUGCGAAAAUGAGUUAUUGCAAAGCUAUGUAAAAGGUGCGCCAACUUUCAAGACUUUUCAACCCCAUUCAGAGAAGUUAUGCUCCAAAAAUCAUUUUGAAACGUUUUUAUGGCCACUACUGUACCAUGAACUAUUUCGAAAAGAUCUGCUUUUUCCAGGAAAAUAUCAAUGGAAAUCUUCAAAUUCAGAUUCUCCCACUAGUGCAAAACUUGUACAGGAGUACGUAUGGAAAUUACGUGAUCCUGACAAAGUUCAGCAACGCGGCCACAGUAAUCGAUUAUUCUGGAAAGUCGCAUGUCGAGGAUGCUGUGGAACAAAUUCCAAAGGAUUUUGUUUACGACCAUGGGGGUACCGAUACCACUUCGGCUAUCCAAGAAACACAUGAAAAAAUGAUGGUUUGCUCUUUGUUUAUCAUAAAAAUUGACUUAUGUGAUUAUCAAAAGUUGUGGUACGAAAAAAAGGUGGUAUGAAAAAAGACCAGCGAAAAAUUGAACGGAGACUUUUCCGAUUUUUUCGUAUUGCUAGGGAACUUUCGGACUUUUUUUCUAGAUUAACUCUUCGUUUUAAGCCUUUCUAUGUGGAAUAGGUAGGAUUAUUGAUUAAAACACAGAAAAAAGGAAAAAAAAAUGUUAAUAAAUCUUUUAUAAACCGGAAAGAUAAAAGAGAAAAAAGUCGAAAACGUCGUAGUCGGAAAGUUCCUUAGCGAUAUACAUUAAACAUUGGAAAAGUUUCCGCUCGGAAAUUCGCUGACUGUUUUUUCCAUACCACCUCGAAAGAUUUUCAAUUUCUUCAAUCGAAUGUUUGCCACAAAAACACCAAUUUAUAAGGUUUUUUCGAUUUACAAGUAUCCGCAAAGUGUUGUAAAAAAAGGAAUUUUUUAAGGCUCUGAAAAACAAGUAUCCGAGUUCCACGAUGCACAUGAUUCUGAUCACUGAUGGAGCUCCGGACGAUGUUGGUGAAAAGUGUCCGAAAAACACAAAGUCUUGAAAAAACAUGAGUUGGAAGAAGAAGGUGUCACAAUUUGCGAGAACAUUCUAGCCAAAAGCGUAUCAAAAAAUGAAAAAAAAAAAAACAAAUCAAGAUUUAGGAAAUGUUUAUGUUAUGGGAUUUAAAGUAGAGGGAUUCACAGAAUGUACUAACUCGCUCAAAGAUUGAUUGAAAAAUUGGCUUUCUGACUUCUUUUUCUGAAUUAUUUUUUUGGCUUAGAUUGAAAAAGUUUUUUUCAGCGUUACAAAGCUGCCAGCGCCGGUAAAAAGGUUGGUUUUUCAAAAAAUUUUCAUUUUAUAAAUAUAUUCUACGGGUGUAUAAAGCCAUCCAAUUUGAUCAAAAGUCUAAGACCGAAACACUCAUUUUCUCUGAACCGAGUUGUGCUUGGUUGAAUUUUGGUCCGAAGUACGACCUCGAUCAUAGUAAAACUGCGUAAAAAUAAUUCGCAACAUGUGAACGCUAAAUGGAACUUAAUAUUCAACAUUUUUCUGUUUUGAUCAUUAUUCAAACAUGACAGGCGUCUUUCAGGCUCGUGAAGACGGUAUUAAAAUGCAAACGGUUCUCAUUGGAAGCGGCGCGGAAAAGCAGGCCAAACUAGUCAAUUGCGGGGACGUAGACGCAUCGAAUGAGGAGUGCGGGAUCAGAGCCGUCUCAUUUCCGGUGAAUAUCCCGAGAGCGAUGGAGAAUUUGCGUGAAUGAGUUCAGGAAGUGAACGAAGACCUUUCCAAGGACCUUCUGGUGACCGUUUGCGACGAGGACAACAGCGCCGUCCUCAGCGGCUAG